GUACCGUACCAUGCCAACACAUGAUGAACCAGCACCAACGUUCAGCAAAUUUACAGACAUCCCUUCCACUCCUGCUGCCGUUCGUGUGUGUGUAACGCAAAAAAAAUGAUGGAAAGAAAUGACUUCAAUUCAAGCAUCGACCAAACUCGUUCAAAAGACCUACUUGAUGUUGGAAAAACAACAAAUGUGGAUCCACUUUUGAUCAGAAAGGCAAAGCCAUACAGAAUGCCUGCAUCAUCAGUCUUGAGUCAGGUAAAGUCCUUCCUCCCCAAGAUGCAAGAGGCAAACAGCCAACUAGAGGAGCGACUGAAAACAGUGCCAUCGGAGGAGCUAGACAUUGAGAACAUCACAGGCCACGAGAAAGAAGUUAUUGAGAUGAAUUUGGCUCUUUUCCACGAGGAUGACGAUUCAUCUGGUGAAGACAACGACGAUGAUGACAAAAGUCAAAAUAGCUCAUCAGAUGAGAACUCAGACGAGGAACUGUCUCUGUUCAGUGAGGUUACUACAACAAACAUCAAAUUGCCGAAUGGAUCAAGAAAACCACACAGAACUAUGAUUGAAGAACUCUCAGAGGUCAAAGAGCAUGACCUGAAGUCAGAGGUUAAGCUAGACAGUGGGUAAGAGAAAACUGUGCGAAAGAUCUCUGGAGAGGACCGUGGACAUGCGACAGAAGGCCACAAGGAGAUCACAGAAAUACUGAAAUGAACAGGGAACAAUUUUCAACAGUAUUUUAACUGGUGCGCAUUGAUGGAUCAAGGGGUGGAGAAGUGGAAGCCAGGCUCUCAAAAAAGGGCUUUUUAAAAUAAAUGGCAGUUUUUUGUGGGGGGUGGGGGAAGGGUGGGUGAAUGGAUUGGGGGAGUGAGUAUUCCACUUCUCUUCCCUCCAAAAGUGUAAAAAGCCCCCAGACCAAGCCUCACCCCUCAAAAAGGCCAAAAGAUUACACAAAGAAAUCACCACCCACCCACCCCCCCAAAAAAAAGUUAAAUUUGGUUCUUGAUCUGCUUAUGCUAGCAGGUGGCUUUUUAAAUUGCAGUGCUUCUGUCUAGAAACAUAAAUAAACCAGCUCCAGUUUACCGGAUACACAUGUA